AGAGAGAGAUAAUUGGUAGUUGUUUUUUUUUAAUUAUUCUUUUUAUUAUAUUUUUUAUGCUUGUUAUCCACGCAAAAAUUCGCAAAUUUCAUUGUAACCAUAACCGUUCAUCCAAUAUCUUAAAUAUACCCAUCUCUCUCUUUUUCUAUGUUUAUCAUCUCCAUACUUUCUUUUGGGUUUGGCAUUUUGAGGAGGAGGUAAAGAAAUAGAGAGAUGGGUUUAUUUGGGUAUUUUUGAUGAAGAAAUGAUGAAGUGAGGUGAAAAGAGGACCCCACUCUUCAUCUGGAUCAUCUUCUUCGUCGAAAAAAAACCUUUUUUUCUCUCUUUUCUCUUAUCCUAACCUCAUUUGUCUUUAUUUGUUGUGUGUUCUUUAUUGGGUUUUGUAUAAUUCAACGCAGAUCUUGAGUUUUGUUGGGUGCACCUAAUUGUGCUUCAAUCCCAACUAACUCAGAUCUGUAUUGUCUCCCUACCAAUAAUUAUUUGUACUCAAAGAUUUCUGUGUUUUAUUUUGCUUUACCAAAGUUGGGAUUUUUUUCAAGAUAUGGAUCUCUGUAUCUAGACUUAUCUUUCAUUUUUAUUUUCUCUUUUCUUGGGAUUUCCAGGUGUCAGAAACCCGUACCAGAUCUGGAUACCCCACCACCAUCACCUCAUUGGUCUCUCUUCCACUGGGUUCAUCUUCUCUCUUCCUCUCUUUGGAUGACACCUUUUUAGGCACCAUCAUCUUUAUUCUCAAACCCAGAUAAAGAGAGGAAACAAGUGUUGUUACUGUUUCACUUGGAUUCUUAAUUGGGUUUUAAGGUGACAUCUUACCAAAGUGAAUUUGUUCUUUGCAGUGUUUAGCACAUAUUAGUACUCUCACUUUCAUUGAUUCUUAAUUAGACUUUUGAGGAGGAGGCCCACUGGUUGGGUUUGGUGGGCUUUCUCAUAACCAAUAAGAACCCAUUUCUUGAAAGGUAUUUUCUUUCUUUUUUUUUUUUAAAAAUUUUCUUGAAGAUCCCACUUUAGUCUGUUUUUUAAGGUGUGGGGUGGGGGUGUUGUUGAGGGAAGGAGAGAGGCAGGAGAAGGAGAAGAAGAAGACAAUUGGGUCUUCUCUUUUUCUUUUUUUACCAUUGCUUUUUAUUUUUUUCACAACUUGUUGCGGCAUUAGAUCAUUCUUCCAUUUUAUGUAUAAACCAUGCCUAUCAUAAAUUUGACCUCCAAAUAGAAUUCUCCCUUCCCCUUUUUAUCCUCUGAUGUUACUCUACUUCUUGAUCACUUGUUUCUCCUUUAUCUUUUUAAAGUCUCUCCAUUUGAAGCCACUUCCUUCAUGGGCAACUGAAGUUAGAUUGCUGUCAAUUUGGUUUUGGAAAGAGUUGUUUCUUUUUCCUUAUUUGUGUUCUGUAAAGAAUACCCUUUCCAAAGCUUUUUAUUUCACUAGACUUCCUUCAAAAAUGUCUACGAAGAAAAUGACCACCUUAAGUACUUCCACUGUAGAACUAGAAAAUCUUGUGGAUGAUGAGACUGGAGAGAUUACAUUUUUAGACUUACCAGAUUUAACUUUGGAUUGCAUUCUUGAGAGGCUACCACCUGCGGGGCUUUGUAGUAUGGCAGGUGUAUGCACUUCUUUGAGGGAAAGGUGUAUCAGUAAUCAUUUAUGGGAAAGGCAUAUGAAGCAAAAAUGGGGUAAGAUUAUCGGUCCCGCUGCUUAUAGAAAGUGGCAAUUUAAUAUAGCUGCAAGCAAAGAUUUCGAUAACUGCAAACAAGGCAAGCAAAAAAAAUUGAUGAGGCUUCUUUCUAUAGUUUUGCCUUUUUCUUGGAUGAAUUCAAUGGAAGAUGAUAAUAAUGUCAAGCAAAAGAGUUCCUUGCCUGUUGAUUCUAUCAUGUCUUGGUAUCUUGCCCUUGAAACCGGCAGGUUCUGGUUCCCUGCUCAGGUCUAUAAUCGUGAGAAUGGGCAUGUUGGAUUCAUGUUAUCUUGCUAUGAUGCUGAACUUAGCUAUGAUCCUCGGACCAAUACAUUCCAAGCCAGGUACCCACCACAUGGUAGGAGAGCAAUUGCUAUAGAAACUGGUGUGCCAUGGGAAAGGCUUAGAGCACCACCGAUUGAUACUUCACCACAUCAUCUACAUAUCUCUGAUUGCCUGAAUGAUUUACGCCCUGGUGACCAUAUUGAGAUUCAAUGGAGAAGAAACAAAGAAUUCCCUUAUGGUUGGUGGUAUGGGGUUGUAGGUCACUUGGAGCCAUGUGAUGGGAAUGAAAAUUAUUGCAGGUGUCAUAAUAGUGAUACUAUAGUGUUGGAGUUCCAUCAGUACACUAGAGGGUCAAGGUGGAGAUGUACAAUGAUCAAUAGAAAAGAACAUCGAGAGGAAGGGAAUGAAGCAGAUGGAUUCUAUGGAGGAAUCAGAAAGUUAAAUGCCAAUGAAGAAAUUUCCAGGUGGAAGCAACUUUGGCCAACUGAAGUCUUGGAAUAAUAUACAAGUAAGGCUUUGGAAGCUAAAGAAAAAGGUUGAAUGAAGAUUAUUACAUCAAGAUUUUAAAAUUUUAAUCACAAAAGCUCUAUCUCUUCGAAGUAAUUUAAUUUUUUUCAAGAACGUAACAUUUGUAUGAGAUAGCAACUUGUGAAAGUUGAAAAUAGGCUUCUGAUUCAGUUACAUCAAUGUGGGAGGUCAUCUUCAUUUCUUUUUUUCUUUCCCUGUAUUUUUUGAAGGCAGGAGUUCAUGGCCAUUUCAUGGAUUCCUCAUCGAUGUAAAAUGUCUCCAUUUGAUGCAAAAUUUGAUGUAUGAUAUCCAUGACAUCAUUAUUUAUAUAUACAUACAUAUAGUUAUAUAA